UUAGCGAGCUCUCUAUGUCACUUUGAAUGUUGGAAUGGUUGAAUGUUUGGUCUUUCGUAAAGUGUUUUCUGUGUUUUAAGUUAAUAACAAACUAAAAAAAUAAAGAAUGUCUUCUGUUAAACAGAUAUAUUAUUCUGAUAAAUACACAGACAAUGCAUAUGAGUAUAGACAUGUUAUGCUCCCGAAAGAUUUAACAAAAUUGGUACCAAGGACCCACCUUAUGUCGGAAGCAGAGUGGCGCAGCCUUGGAGUUCAACAAAGCCACGGUUGGGUGCACUACAUGAAACAUGAACCUGAGCCACAUAUUCUUCUGUUUCGACGGAAACUUCCAAACAAUUCAUGACCCUGUGACAAGCCGUUGAAGAGAAAUAUAUCAUCACAUGAUAAAGCAUCCUACUGUAUGUGAAAUUUCUGUGAUACUGACUGGGCAGAAGGACCUUACUUGUGGAUUACUGUGUAAUUCACACAAUUACAUGGACUUGCUGAUUGCAAUUAUGGGACAAAUCCGUGCUCAGGAAAAUAAAAUUGUGUUGCCGACUUCCACAUGAAAGAAAACUGUUUUAAGCAUCAUUCAUUAUGUAAGCAGUGGCACCAAGAAGAAAAACAUUGUUACUCGAGCUUUACAAACUCAAUUUUUGUGAUUAUUACACACACCAUUAAUAUUUCAUCUUUCUUUCUCUCAUUUCUUUAUUUUUUCUUUCAUCAUUCAUUAAAAACAAUUCUGGUGUAUGAUAAUAUGAAUAAAUUUUGUAUGUGUUAUUUAUGAUGGAUUCACGUUUUCAUGGAUUCAUAGUAAUAAAAUGGACAGAGUAACUUG